GGAGCUGGGAUGGGAUGUUGUGGUUGCCAAAGCCUCCGAGGUAACGUUUGCCGGGGCCCGCCUCCCCCAGAGGGGUUUGAGAACUCCCAGGCGCAGAUCCGGGACCGAACUCCCAGGCACAUCUUCCUCUGCGGUUCGCGGAGGAGAAAGAGCAGCGGUUUCUGGCCUGUCUGGGCCUCCGUAGCGAGGAGGCGGAGCCCGGAAGAAAGCAGGAUGGCGGCGCCGGACAGUGACAGCGACGAGGACUUGGUCAGCUAUGGGACAGGUCUGGAGCUGCUGGAAGAAGGUGAAAGACCAAAGAAACCAAUUCCUCUUCAGGAUCAGACCGUCAGAGAUGAAAAGGGAAGGUAUAAACGGUUUCAUGGAGCCUUUAGUGGAGGGUUCUCUGCUGGGUAUUUCAACACUGUUGGCUCAAAAGAAGGAUGGGCACCUUCUUCCUUUAUGUCUUCACGACAGAACAGAGCAGACAAAUCUGUUUUUGGUCCUGAAGAUUUUAUGGAUGAAGAGGAUCUUAGUGAAUUUGGGAUAGCACCGAAAGCGAUUGUUACCACAGAUGAUUUUGCUUCCAAAACCAGAGAUAGAAUACGAGAGAAGGCCAGGCAGUUAGCAGCUGCCACUGCCCCUAUUCCUGGAGCCACUCUGCUUGAUGACCUCAUAACACCAGCAAAAUUAUCUGUUGGUUUUGAAUUGCCGAAAAUGGGUUGGAAGGAAGGACAAGGAAUUGGUCCCCGAGUAAAGAGAAAACCACGCCGACAAAAACUUGAUCCUGGAAUAAAAAUCUAUGGCUGUGCAUUACCCCCUGGAGGUUCUGAAGGAUCUGAGGAUGAAGAUGAUGACUACCUGCCAGAAAAUGUGACCUUUGCACCCAAAGAUGUCAUGCCUGUGGAUUUUACACCUAAAGACAAUGUCCACGGACUGGCACAAGGGCCUGGAUCCCACCAGGCAUUGUUUGGGAUUUCAGAAGAGCCUUUUAAUCUUUUCAGUGGGGGACCCGAGAGGACCAGCAGUCUUCUUGGAGACAUUGGAGUGAAUAAAGGAAGAAAACUGGGAAUCACAGGCCAGGCUUUUGGUGUUGGUGCCCUGGAAGAGGAAGAUGAUGAUAUCUAUGCCACAGAAACUCUAUCCAAAUAUGACACCGUUUUAAAGGACGAGGAGCCUGGAGAUGGACUCUACGGCUGGACAGCGCCCAGGCAAUAUCAGAGUCAGAAAGACUCAGAGAAAGAUCUUCGCUACAUUGGCAAAAUAUUGGAUGGAUUUUCCUUGGCUUCUAAAUCUUUAUCUUCUAAGAAACAAGCAUUUGUUGAGUACCUCUGUGGUGUGGCCUGUGGUUCUCCAGAACAGGAGUGGCCGGGAGCCGUGACACCUGAGGAAUGGGCCAAGCUCUGCACGUGGGCCAAUUUAUCACCACCAGAAUUGCCAAGGGACUAUCGACCGGUGCAUUAUUUCAGACCCGUGGUAGCUGCAACCUCAGAGAACUCCCACUUACUUCAAGUAUUAUCAGAGUCAGCUGGAAAGCCAGUACAUGACCCAGGGACACAUAGUAGGCACCUACUGAAUGCCUCCAAGAGGGGAGAGUUGCUAGGAGAAACACCUAUUCAAGGUUCGGCUACUUCCGUGUUAGAAUUUCUGUCCCAAAAAGAUAAAGAGAGAAUCAGAAUGAAGCAGGCAACUGACCUUAAAGCAGCCCAACUCAAGGCCAGGCGUCUGGCCCAGAAUGCCUCAAGCAGCAGACCCCAGCCCUCCUCUCCAGAUGUCGGACACAGCUCUUGGCACAUGGCAUUGAGCGGGACAGCCACCACAAGAGCCAGCAACUUCAAACCUUUUGCCCAAGAUCCGGAAAAGCAAAAACGAUACGAAGAGUAUUUAAUAAAUAUGAAACAGGGUCAGAAAGAUGCUCUGGAACGCUGUCUGGAUCCCAGUAUGACAGAGUGGGAGCGAGGCCGCGAACGGGAUGAGUUUGCUCAGGCAGCCCGGCUGUACGUAUCUUCCCAUUCGACCUUGUCCUGCAGGUUCACUCACGCCAAGGAGGAAGACGAUUCACAUCAAGUGGAAGUUCCUCGGGACCAAGAGAAUGAUGUUAAUGAUAAACAGUCGGCUGUGAAGAUGAAGAUGUUUGGGAAGCUCACGCGAGACACCUUUGAAUGGCACCCCGACAAGCUCCUGUGUAAGAGGUUUAAUGUCCCUGACCCUUAUCCAGAUUCAACUUUAGUUGGCUUACCAAGAGUGAAACGUGAAUACUCAGUCUUCAACUUUCUGACUCCAGAGACAGCUUCCUUGCCCACAACUCAAGCAUCAAGUGAAAAAGUACCACAGCCUCAAGGUCCCGAGAAAUCCAGAAAACCAUCCAGAUGGGAUACAUCUAAACAAGAAAAGAAAGAAGACUCCAUUAGUGAAUUCUUAAGUUUGGCUAGAUCAAAAGUUGGACCUAAACAAGAGUCCAGUCCAUUAGUAAACAAAGAGGGAGACCAUGUGAAGGAAUCACUCUCAAAUAAGCUGGUAAACAAAGGUGAGGAUUCACAGGCUGAAGAAGAAGGGAGCCGCCCACCCAUCGACUUAUUCAAGGCCAUCUUUGCCAGCUCCUCGGAAGAAAAGUCCUCAUCCUCUGAGGAUGAGCAGGGCGACAGUGAGGAUGAACAGGAGGGCCCUGGGGAGGCCGACGUCAAAAGUUCCCAAGAGGCCAACUUGGUGGAAACAUCUGCGGCUCACACUGGCGAGCCGGCACCGCAGGAGCCUGUAACUUCCAUCCUGGUACAAAAGUUGCAGAUAGAUGAAAGAGAAGAGUUUGGCCCACGGCUGCCUCCCGUCUUCUGCCCCAAUGCUCGUCAGAAACUUGAGGCUCCGCAAAAAGAGGCUCCGCAAAAAGAGAAACAUAAAAAGAACAAAGAAAAACACAAGACCAAGAAAGAACACAGACGGAGGAAAGAGAAGAAAAAGAAACACCGGAAGCACAAACACAAAGGAAAGCAAAAGAAUAAAAAAUCAGAGAAAAGUAGUAGUUCUGAGAGUACCGACAGCAGUGACAGCCAGAGUGAUGAAGAAGGGACAGCAGACAUGUCACCUCAGGAACUGCUGAGACGGUUAAAACGUCUUCCACUGAGGAGGCAGUAAUUGAAUUCUGCCCUGGCCUGUCCCAAUACCACAUCUCUACGAUGGAAGCCCGUCGAUUACUCAGUUUAAUACAGUGUACAGAUCGUAUUUAUAUGUAAAUUCAUGCUGUAUAAUAAUUUUUAAAUCCUAGACAUUUCAAAGGCUGCCUUGGAAGGCUGACAAGUUGGUUUCUAUUUUUAACUUCAGUUAGUAUCAAGGAAAACAUUC